UGUAGCUAUUAGCUUUGUAUGUUGUUGUUGUGAAUGAGUAGUGUGUGAAUGCGAAUUGGUUACGUUGUAGGUGUUUCUUGGCAAUGGAUAUAAUUGAAGAAGCACGGUCCCGCAUUACCCAUAAGGAGACUGGAGUACUAAAUGCUUGUGCUUCAGACUACCCUGGCACUUGUGGCAUUGAUGACACAUGGAAACUCUCAAAAUUUAAAAAGAAUUUCCGAAUAGUCAUAAUCAGACACAAUAACCUGGAAAUGGAAUUUGAUAUGAUUGAUAUUCAUGCUGGUAUUGCAAAUGCUUUGAGGCGAAUUCUUCUUUCGGAGGUUCCAAGUAUGGCAAUUGAAAAGGUUUUUGUAUACAACAAUACAAGUAUUAUCCAGGAUGAAGUUUUGGCCCAUAGAUUAGGACUGAUUCCAUUAAAAGCAGAUCCACGUUUAUUUGAAUACAGGCAAAAAGAUGAUGAAGAUGGAACAGAACAGGACACCUUGGAAUUCGAACUGAAAGUUAAAUGUACUCUUGAUCCAUCUGUGGAUGCCUCUGCACCUGUCCGUGACAAGAAAAUAAAUGGAAGUGUUUACACAAAACAUAUAAAAUGGCUACCAAUUGGAGCCCAAGGAAACAUGUACACAGCACAAGAUGUUGGACCGAUACAUGAUGAUAUUCUCAUUAGCAAAAUGAUGCCAGGACAUGAACUAGAUCUAAAGUUACAUGCUGUCAAGGGCAUUGGCAAAGACCAUGCAAAAUUUUCUCCUGUGGCUACAGCCUUCUACCGGUUGCAUCCAGAAGUUACUCUUCUGAAAGAUAUUGAAGGAGAAGCAGCCGAGCGAUUACAAAAGUGCUUUUCUCCGGGUGUCAUUGGUCUAGAAGAUGGAAAAAAUGGUAAAAAGAAAGCCAAAGUUUUAAGUGCAAGGUAUGACACAUGCAGUAGAAAUGUCUUCAGAUAUGACGACUUAAAAAAUGCAGUUAAAAUGGAGAGAAUAAGGGAUCAUUAUAUUUUCACUAUUGAGUCUGUUGGAGCACUUCCUCCUGAUGUUUUGUUCACUGAAGCAGUCAAAGUUUUGAAGCAAAAAUGCAGGACAUUUUUGGAAGAACUGAAUCGCUGAUUGAAGAAAAUGCCUGUGGAUGUAAAAUAAGAAUGUUCACCGUGAAGGACCUGUGAUGUGAUAAUGUAGAUUAUUUAAGAUAAAAUUAAAUACUUUGAUAUAAUUGA